AUGCUCCAAAGCGCUAAGGAGAAUCGGAAUCUAAUAAUAAAAUGCGUUUUAUGGACGGUAUUGUUCAGCCAAAUAGUGCACAUUUACGCGUACUCGCAACCUAGUCUGGAUAAGACCACCAAAGAUAAACUCAACCUCAUCCGGCUAGGCGAUGAUGAAUUAACAAAAAUAUUGGAUACCACAUUAUUGUCGCCCGAUGACGCCAAUAGAGCUCAGCUCAUAUUGACAAACAAUGAAAAUUCUACCAAGCCAGAGCUUGAAGAAGGUAGCGCAUCUGGGCCAGUGGAGUCAUCCGCUGCAAAUUCUGACGAGAACACGACUUCUGCGUCAGAGGAGACUACCACAGGGGAUCCAGACGUGAGCUCCACUGCAAUAUCGGAUUCAACGAACCCUGAGCAGACUACUACUUCUGCGCUAGAAGAGACUACCACAAUAGAUCCUGAGCAGACCACCAAUUCAGCGUCAGAAGAAACUACCACUGAGGAUCCUGACGAGAGCACCACUUCUGCACCAGGCGAUAGUACCACAGAGGAUCCUGAGCAGUCCACCACUUCUGCAGCAGAGGAGACUACCACUGAUCAGACCACCACUUCGGCGGCAGACGAUAGCACCACUUCUGCACCAGGCGAUAGUACCACAGAAGAUCCUGAGCAGACCACUACUUCUGCGCCAGAAGAAACUACCACUGAGAAAUCUGAGCAGACCACCACAUCUGCACCAGAGGAGACUACCACAGAGGAUCCUGAAGAUAGCACCACUUCUGCACCAGGCGAAAGUACCACAGAGGAUCCUGAGCAGACCACCACUUCUGCGCCAUACGAAAGUACCACUGCGGAUCCUGACGAGAGCACCACAUCUGCGUCAGAGGAGACUACCACAGAGGAACCAGAGCAGUCCACCACUUCUGCACCAGAGGAGACUACCACUGAGGAUCCUGACGAGAGCACCACUUCUGCACCUGGCGAUAGUACCACAGAGCAUCCUGACCAAACCACCACUUCUGCGCCAGACGAUAAGCAGUCCACCACUUCUGCACCAGACGAUAGUACCACUGCGGAUCCUGACGAUAGCACCACUUCUGCACCAGGCGAUAGUACCACAGAGGAUCCUGAGCAGACCACCACUUCUGCGCCAUACGAAAGUACCACUGCGGAUCCUGACGAGAGCACCACAUCUGCGUCAGAGGAGACUACCACAGAGGAACCAGAGCAGUCCACCACUUCUGCACCAGAGGAGACUACCACUGAGGAUCCUGACGAGAGCACCACUUCUGCACCUGGCGAUAGUACCACAGAGGAUCCUGACCAACCCACCACUUCUGCGCCAGACGAUAGUACCACUGCGGAACCUGACGAGAGCACCACAUCUGCGUCAGGGGAGACUACCACAGAGGAACCAGAGCAGUCCACCACUUCUGCACCAGAGGAGACUACCACUGGGGAUCCUGACGAUAGCACCACUUCUGCACCAGGCGAUAGUACCACAGAGGAUCCUGACCAAACCACCACUUCUGCGCCAGACGAUAGUACCACUGACGAUCCUGACGAGAGCACCACACCUGCGUCAGAGGAGACUACCACAGAGGAACCAGAGCAGUCAACCACUUCUGCACCAGAGGAGACUACCACUGAGGAUCCUGACGUGAGCACCACUUCUGCAUCAGGCGAUAGUACUUCAGAGGAUCCUGACGAGAGCACCACUUCUGCACCAGGCGAUCAGGAUCCUGACGUGAGCACCACUUCUGCAUCAGGCGAUAGUACCACAGAGGAUCCUGACCAGACCACCACUUCUGCGCCAGACGAUAGUACCACUGCAUAUCCUGACGAGAGCACCACUUCUGCGUCAGAGGAGACUACCACAGAGGAACCAGAGCAGUCCACCACUUCUGCACCAGAGGAGACUACCACUGAGGAUCCUGACGAGAGCACCACUUCUGCACCUGGCGAUAGGGAGACUACCACAGAGGAACCAGAGCAGUCCACCACUUCUGCACCAGAGGAGACUACCACUGGGGAUCCUGACGAUAGCACCACUUCUGCACCAGGCGAUAGUACCACAGAGGAUCCUGACCAAACCACCACUUCUGCGCCAGACGAUAGUACCACUGACGAUCCUGACGAGAGCACCACACCUGCGUCAGAGGAGACUACCACAGAGGAACCAGAGCAGUCCACCACUUCUGCACCAGAGGAGACUACUACUGCGGAUCCUGACGAGAGCACCACUUCUGCACCAGGCGAUAGUAGCACAGAGGAUCCUGACCAGACCACCACUUCUGCGCCAGACGAUAGUACCACUGCAUAUCCUGACGAGAGCACCACUUCUGCACCAGAGGAGACUACCACUGAGGAUCCUGACGUGAGCACCACUUCUGCAUCAGGCGAUAGUACCACAGAGGAUCCUGACGUGAGCACCACUUCUGCAUCAGGCGAUAGUACCACAGAGGAUCCUGACCAGACCACCACUUCUGCGCCAGACGAUAGUACCACUGCAUAUCCUGACGAGAGCACCACUUCUGCGUCAGAGGAGACUACCACAGAGGAACCAGAGCAGUCCACCACUUCUGCACCAGAGGAGACUACCACUGAGGAUCCUGACGUGAGCACCACUUCUGCAUCAGGCGAUAGUACCACAGAGGAUCCUGAGCAGACCACUUCUUCUGCGCCAGAAGAUAGUACCACAGAGGAUCCUAGCCAGACCACCACUUCUGCGCCAGACGAUAGUACCACUGAGGAUCCUGACGAGAGCACCACAUCUGCGUCAGAGGAGACUACCACAGAGGAACCAGAGCAGUCCACCACUUCUGCACCAGAGGAGACUACCACUGAGGAUCCUGACGUGAGCACCACUUCUACAUCAGGCGAUAAAACUACAGAGGAUCCUGACAAGACCACUACUUCUGCGCCAGACGAUAGUACCACUGCGGAUCCUGACGAGAGCACCACAUCUGCGUCAGAGGAGACUACCACAGAGGAACCAGAGCAGUCCACCACUUCUGCACCAGAGGACACUACCACUGAGGAUCCUGACGAUAGCACAACUUCUGCACCAGGCGAUAGUACCACAGAGGAUCCUGACCAAACCACCUCUUCUGCGCCAGACGAUAGUACCACUGCGGAACCUGACGAGAGCACCACAUCUGCGUCAGAGGAGACUACCACAGAGGAACCAGAGCAGUCCACCACUUCUGCACCAGAGGAGACUACCACUGAGGAUCCUGACGUGAGCACCACUUCUACAUCAGGCGAUAAAACUACAGAGGAUCCUGACAAGACCACUACUUCUGCGCCAGACGAUAGUACCACUGCGGAUCCUGACGAGAGCACCACAUCUGCGUCAGAGGAGACUACCACAGAGGAACCAGAGCAGUCCACCACUUCUGCACCAGAGGACACUACCACUGAGGAUCCUGACGAUAGCACCACUUCUGCACCAGGCGAUAGUACCACAGAGGAUCCUGACCAAACCACCUCUUCUGCGCCAGACGAUAGUACCACUGCGGAACCUGACGAGAGCACCACAUCUGCGUCAGAGGAGACUACCACAGAGGAACCAGAGCAGUCCACCACUUCUGCACCAGAGGAGACUACCACUGAGGAUCCUGACGUGAGCACCACUUCUGCAUCAGGCGAUAGUACCACAGAGGAUCCUGAGCAGACCACUUCUUCUGCGCCAGAAGAUAGUACCACAGAGGAUCCUAGCCAGACCACCACUUCUGCACCAGGCGAUAGUACCACUGCGGAUCCUGACGAGAGCACCACAUCUGCGUCAGAGGAGACUACCACAGAGGAACCAGAGCAGUCAACCACUUCUGCACCAGAGGAGACUACCACUGAGAAUCCUGACGAGAGCACCACUUCUGCAUCAGGCGAUAAAACUACAGAGGAUCCUGACGAGAGCACCACUUCUGCACCAGGCGAUAGUACCACUGCGGAUCCUGACGAGAGCAGCACAUCUGCGUCAGAGGAGACUACCACAGAGGAACCAGAGCAGUCCACCACUUCUGCACCAGAGGAGACUACCACUGAGGAUCCUGACGUGAGCACCACUUCUGCAUCAGGCGAUAGUACCACAGAGGAUCCUGACCAGACCACCACUUCUGCGCCAGACGAUAGUACCACUGCAUAUCCUGACGAGAGCACCACUUCUGCGUCAGAGGAGACUACCACAGAGGAACCAGAGCAGUCCACCACUUCUGCACCAGAGGAGACUACCACUGAGGAUCCUGACGUGAGCACCACUUCUGCAUCAGGCGAUAGUACCACAGAGGAUCCUGACCAGACCACCACUUCUGCGCCAGACGAUAGUACCACAGAGGAUCCUAGCCAGACCACCACUUCUGCGCCAGACGAUAGUACCACUGAGGAUCCUGACGAGAGCACCACAUCUGCGUCAGAGGAGACUACCACAGAGGAACCAGAGCAGUCCACCACUUCUGCACCAGAGGAGACUACCAAUGAGGAUCCUGACGUGAGCACCACUUCUACAUCAGGCGAUAAAACUACAGAGGAUCCUGACGAGAGCACCACUUCUGCACCAGGCGAUAGUACCACUGCGGAUCCUGACGAGAGCAGCACAUCUGCGUCAGAGGAGACUACCACAGAGGAACCAGAGCAGUCCACCACUUCUGCACCAGAGGAGACUACCACUGAGGAUCCUGACGUGAGCACCACUUCUGCAUCAGGCGAUAGUACCACAGGGGAUCCUGACCAGACCACCACUUCUGCGCCAGACGAUAGUACCACUGCAUAUCCUGACGAGAGCACCACUUCUGCGUCAGAGGAGACUACCACAGAGGAACCAGAGCAGUCCACCACUUCUGCACCAGAGGAGACUACCACUGAGGAUCCUGACGUGAGCACCACUUCUGCAUCAGGCGAUAGUACCACAGAGGAUCCUGACCAGACCACCACUUCUGCGCCAGACGAUAGUACCACUGCAUAUCCUGACGAGAGCACCACUUCUGCGUCAGAGGAGACUACCACUGAGGAUCCUGACGUGAGCACCACUUCUGCAUCAGAGCAGUCCACCACUUCUGCACCAGAGGAGACUACUACUGCGGAUCCUGACGAGAGCACCACUUCUGCACCAGGCGAUAGUAGCACAGAGGAUCCUGACCAGACCACCACUUCUGCGCCAGACGAUAGUACCACUGCAUAUCCUGACGAGAGCACCACUUCUGCAUCAGGCGAUAGUACCACAAAGGAUCCUGAGCAGACCACCACUUCUGCGCCAGACGAUAGUACCACUGCAUAUCCUGACGAGAGCACCACUUCUGCAUCAGGCGAUAGUACCACAAAGGAUCCUGAGCAGACCACUUCUUCUGCGCCAGAAGAUAGUACCACAGAGGAUCCUGGCCAGACCACCACUUCUGCGCCAGAAGAUAGUACCACUGAGGAUCCUGACGAGAGCACCACAUCUGCGUCAGAGGAGACUACCACAGAGGAACCAGAGCAGUCCACCACUUCUGCACCAGAGGAGACUACCACUGAGGAUCCUGACGUGAGCACCACUUCUGCAUCAGGCGAAAGUACCACAGAGGAUCCUGAGCAGACCUCUUCUUCUGCGCCAGAAGAUAGUACCACAGAGUAUCCUGGCCAGACCACCACCUCUGCGCCAGACGAUAGUACCACUGAGGAUCCUGACGAGAGCACCACAUCUGCGUCAGAGGAGACUACCACAGAGGAACCUGAGCAGUCCACCACUUCUGCACCAGAGGAGACUACCAAUGAGGAUCCUGACGAGAGUACCACAUCCACACCAGAUAAGACUACCAAGGAGGAACAAGAGCCAACUUCCACUUCUGCACCAGAGGGGACGACUUCUGAAGAUCCCGAGCAGAGCACAACAUCUGUGGUAGAGGAGACAACCAAAGAGGAUCCUGAUAAGAGCACCACAUCUGCGUCAGAAGAAACUAGCACAGGGGAUCCUGAGCAGACCACUACUUCUGUGCCAAAGAAGUCUACCACAGAGGAUCCUAACAAGAGCACCAGUUCUGCAUCUACGACAAAGGAACCAUACGAGAGCACCACUUCUGUGCCAGAUUCAACCUACCCUGAGCAGAGCACCCCUCCUGGGCCAGAAGAUUCUACUACAGCGCUUCCUGAGGAAAGCACUUCUGCGCCAGAGAAGACUUCUACAAAUAUACCCGAUCCCACGCAACCUGUACAGAGCACCUCUUCUGCGCCACAGACGACCUCCACAUCAGCACCAGACGCUAGUACCACUUCUGAGGCAGAGGAGUCUACUACAGCUAGGCAGGAGACAACUACCGAACCUGAAGAAAGCAGCUUGUCGCCAGAGGACUCUUCGACCACGAGAUCGAGUAGUUCUUCUUCCGGAUCUGAAACCACUUCCAUACCGAUUACGUCGACUUCCUCCCUACCCCCGCUAUCGUGUAGUAGCGGGUAUCCUUUCCUUCCGUUCCCAUCCGAUUGUCGAAAGUAUAUCCAGUGUAGUGGGGAUGUGGAGUACAUUAUGGACUGUCCCCCCACACUCUAUUGGGACUAUAAAAAUCUCGCCUGUGUUCCAGAUAGCAGAGGGUGUUAUAGUGAUGAAGGAAUCCAGAAGCCCGAGGAAAAUGUUUGCAGCGGAGGAGCGAACUACUUACCGGAUCCAAGUGACUGCACCAAGUUCAUCCAAUGCAGCAACGGUCAGCCCAUCUAUCUGCAAUGUUCCAAGCCCCUAUACUGGAACCCAGUAGCCAAUAGAUGCGACUGGUCGGACGAAUACUGCCAGAAAGAUAAGCUCAUCGAUUUAAAGGUUUGUGGUGAGCCAGGCAUGAAGUAUGAUGGUUUCCCUGGCGACUGUUCGAGGUACAUAAAGUGCUCUGAAACUGGACAAAUCCUGAUGAGCUGCAAUCCCGGACUGUACUGGAAUCCCAUUGAAAACGUUUGCGGAAAUUCACAGCGGUUCUGCAAUUAAGU